AUGGCGGCGCGCUGGGGGCCGGCGCUGCUGCUGCUGCUGCUGCUGUCCGCGCACGCGGCGUCCACGCGGCCCGAGGACGACGACGUCCCCGCCGAGUGGCAGCUGCUGCACGAGGUGCAGGGCCAGGUGGGCGCGGGCAACUACAGCUACCUGCGCCUGAGCCAGGCGGGCCGCGUGGUGCUGCGCAUGCACAGCCUGCGCGGCGACGCCGACCUCUACGUGUCGGACAGCACGCUGCAGCCCAGCUUCGACGACUACGCGCUGCAGUCGGCCACCUGCGGCCCCGACGCCGUGGCCGUGCCCGCGCACUUCCGGCGGCCCGUGGGCAUCGGCGUGUACGGGCACCCGUCCCACCGCGAGAGCGAGUUUGUCAUGAGGGUGUACCUCGACCCCGCGGGGCCGGACCUGCCGGGACAGGGCGCGCACGCACCGGACGGCGGGGGCCGGGCCGAGGAGCCCGCGGCCGAGGAGGAGUCCGUGCUCUGGACCGUGCUCAUCAGCGUCCUCAAGCUGGUUCUGGAGAUCCUGUUCUGA